CAUCCUGCCAGUCAAAAAAAUCCGAGAAAAAAAUAAAAAUAAACAAUUAACCACUGAAUUCUGUCAAUCGCCGCAUAAAUUGUCAAUAGAAACCCCAAGAUCCGAAUAAAAAUGGAAAUAAGCGAGAGUAGCCCCUCGGAAAGUGAGACAAGUCUCUCCUCGCUCUUCGACUCAGGAUUGGAUCUCUUCAACUCCCUGGAGAAGAGCGAGGAACCAACGUCUAACCUAGAAGUCCAGGUCCAGGUGAAGAGAUGCAUGAAGAUGCUGGAGGACGCGACAAAGCUGGUGUCGAUGGCAGACAUGUUCAGUAAAAACGAGGAUUUCGAUGAGAUUCCAACGGAGAGUAUCAAGUACUUCCUCCUUCCCGCUCUCCUGGGGUCUCUCGCCACAAAAUUGUGCGACAAGGCGCAUCGUUUGCACUACGUAAACGUCUCAGAGGUCUAUUUCUACGAUUUUUUGGAGAGAGUGAAGGGGUACGGCAUCACGGACGUGGAAAUCCCCGAGAGGAAGGCUGAGACUGGUGAAGCUCCUCAGCAGUUGUCUUCACCAGCUCCACCAUCCAACACGAAGAUGAUCGAGGACAUGGUGCACACACGCGAGAGCAAGUUGAAGCGAUUCAGAGAAGAGAAGGAGCUGCAGGAGCAGCUGGUGAUCCUGAGGAAGGCGAUGGACAAUCCCAAUCUGGACGACGAGACCGUCAGGAAGUACUUUGUGACGCUGAUCAAGUCCUACGUGAUGAAGGCCAUCGACGAGAUCAACUCACUAGCUCAGGAGAAGGACAUUCUAGGGUACAUGGAGAAGAUGAAGAGGGAGGGGGCCGAGGAGUCCACGAAACCGAGGGAUUAUCAACCCCCGAAGCUCCAGCCCAUCAUCAUCACGAAGAACGACGUCCAGAAGAAGGUGUUCGGGGCUGGGUAUCCGAGUCUGCCAGUGAUGACUGUCGAGGAGUUCUACGAGAAGAAGAUUGCUGAUGGCGAGUGGUCAGCUGCUGGUCCAGGAGCUAGUGCCAAGAGCCUCCAGGACAUGACGAACAACCAGAACUCGAAUCAGGAGACCCCUGAGGAUCUCGAGAAGGAGGGGAAGAUCGAGAGGGAUGACGAGGAGUAUCUCAUGCAGCAGAGGGCCAUGGACGAGUACAAGGACACGCAUAAGAGGGGCUGGGGCAACAGGCACAAUCGCAGUUAGAGAAUAGAUUUUUUUGGAAUUUUUUUUUUUUUUGGAAAACCCAUGUGUAACAGAUAAUUUGCAAUGUUUGUAAUAUUUCGUAUUGAUUGAUGGUAUUUUUUUUUGAUGAUUCGUUAAUAAAGUAUGAGUGAAACAUUAA